UUAGUCAAUUUGAUGAUUUAUUUUUCCACAAAAUUUCAAUGUUAAAACAUCGAAAUACUCAAAUUCCUAAUGAUUAAACCAACUUUUAAUUAUUAGUUUAUUGCUACAUGAAACUAAAAACAAAAUCCAUAUUAAUUUUAAUAAUUUUAAGUGAUAAAGCCACAUAAAAUAUUUUUAAUUCUAUAUAUAGGAUAACUACCACUGCCUUGAAUUCUCAAACUACUUAAUUCACCUCCAAGAAGAAAAAAAAAAUGAGAAGGUCCUCUCUUCUUCCCUUUCUCUUAACUUUAUCCCUCAUUACAAUAUUACUAAUCAUUUCCCAAAUUGGGGUUGCGACUGGUGAGCCGCUGAGCACGAAUUCGAGAUGGAUUGUGGACGAGAACGGGCACAGAGUGAAACUUGCGUGCGUGAAUUGGGUUUCUCAUCUAGAGGCGGUAGUGGCCGAAGGUCUCAGCAAAAAGCCCAUCGAUGCCAUCGCAGACCAAAUCUCUUCGAUGGGUUUUAAUUGCGUCCGCCUCACUUGGCCACUCUACUUAGCCACCAAUGACUCCCUCGCCUCUCUCACCGUUCGAGACUCCUUCGAAAGCCUGGGUCUCACCCAAGCCGUGGCUGGUGUUCAGGCCACUAAUCCUUCCAUUAUCGACCUUCCUCUCAUACAAGCCUACCAGGCAGUGGUAUCUGGACUUGGAGACAAGAACGUGAUGGUCAUCUUAGAUAACCACAUUACCAAGCCCACAUGGUGUUGCAGCAGUUACGACGAAAAUGGCUUCUUUGGGGACAAGUACUUCGACCCUGACCUCUGGAUUAAGGGUCUUACUCGAAUGGCCACAUUGUUCAAAGGUGUCCAAAAUGUCGUUGGCAUGAGUUUGAGGAACGAGCUUCGUGGCCCCAAGCAGAAUGUAAACGAUUGGUACAAGUACAUGCAAAGAGGAGCAGAGGCAGUUCACUCUGCAAACCCAGAUGUUCUUGUGAUUUUGUCUGGUUUGAAUUAUGAUAAAGAGUUUUCAUUCUUGCGAAAUCGCCCUCUCAGCCUCACAUUUUCUGGGAAACUGGUUUUUGAAAGUCAUUGGUAUGCAUUCACAGAUGGCAGGGCAUGGGAAAGUGGGAACCCCAACCAAGUGUGUGGUACAGUGGUGAAUAACAUUAUGAGACAAUCAGGGUUCUUGUUAGAGAAAGGAUUUCCUCUGUUUUUGAGUGAGUUUGGAGUGGACCAAAGAGGGACUAAUGUGAAUGACAACAGGUACUUGAAUUGCUUCUUAGCUUUAGCAGCUGAAUUAGAUUUGGAUUGGGCUUUGUGGACAUUAGUUGGUAGCUACUACUAUAGACAAGGUGUUAUUGGGAUGAACGAGUAUUAUGGAAUCAUGAACUGGGAUUGGGAUGAAAUUCGAAAUUCAAGUCUUUUACAAAAGAUCUCUGCUAUUCAAUACCCUUUCCAAGGGCCGGGUCUAUCAGAAACUCGAAUACACAAGAACAUUUUCCACCCAUCAACAGGCCUUUGUGUGGUAAGAAAAUCUGUAUUUGAACCAUUGACAUUAGGUCCUUGUUCUAGCUCGGAUGGUUGGUAUUAUUCACCUCAGAAGAAAUUAACAAUUAAAGGAACAUAUUUCUGCUUACAAGCAUUUGAUAUAGGAAAACCAGCACGACUUAGCAUAAAGUGCACUGAUUCUGAUUCCAAGUGGGAAACUAUAUCAGAUUCUAAGUUGCAACUCUCUUCUACCACUGCCAAUGGUGACACUGUUUGUCUAGAUAUUGACUCUGCAAAUAAUGAAGUUGUAACAAACACUUGUAAAUGCUUAAGUAGAGAUAGUUCAUGUGACCCUUCAAGCCAAUGGUUCAAACUUGUUGACAGUACAAGAAGUCCAAGGUUAGCUGAAUCUUUCACUAAGAUGAAUCCAAUGAUGGAGUUGCCGUUUGAGGAUUCUGAAUGGAAAUCUUUGAUUACAAUGUGAGAGAAAUAAACUAAAAAGUGAAUCAUAUGUAUGGACCAAAAGUAUAUACUGUUUAGUGUAAGGGAGUUUAUGCACAACAAAACUCCUAGAAUUUCAUUGUCUAUAGAGAAAAUGAUGGAAUAUGUGUACUAUAAUAUGGUGUACCAAUGAUAGAAAAAGAGGGGAAAAAACAGAAUAUGGUGCACUAUAUUUUAAUAGUAGAAUAUUAUGCUUUCAUUAUAUAACAAGUUACUAAAUACGAUAUCUUUUAUUAUUAUUAUUAUUUAAAUUAAUCAUUAACAAUAUACAACUGUGAUCCCACAUCAGUUAUGUAACCCAAUGAUAAAUUUUUCUUUAAUUCAA